CACAAGCAGCUGAAGGGCCUGACAACUGCGCAGCUCAACAAUACGCCCAAGGCUGAAAUGGAUCGUCUGUUCUUUCCGCGCUGCGCCAAAGUCGGCAGCGAGUCCCUGGUGGAGUUCAUGGAGCAACUGCAGGAUAUGAACGACUUUGAUGUGGAUCAUACGGGUCUUAAGGUGCCUUCACGACGUCAGCUUGGUCCCGCUAAACGUGCCCAAAAGGCAGAGUACAUUUAUAACUUGGAGCCUGGCACGGCUUACAUCGAGCACACUUCCUGGAUAGACUUUGGCGAGCUGAACCUGCCCAAGCCCAUCUACAUUAAUCUCGUGCGUGAUCCCGUCGAGCGCGUCAUCAGCUGGUACUACUAUGUGCGUAACUCUUAUCUCAAUGCCAUCUACUAUCGUAAGAAUCCGUUUGCCACCAUUAAGCCCACCGCCUGGUUCAAGAAAAGCUUCAACGACUGCGUGCGCAACGGCGACCCCGAAUGCCAAUACGUGCCCCUAACCGUCUACGAUCAUGUGGGUAACUAUAAGCGACAGUCUCUGUUCUUCUGCGGACAUAAUCGCGAUUGCCUACCCUUUGACUCGCCACUGGCCAUACAAAUAGCCAAGCAGCGCGUGGAACAAGAGUUCGCUGUGGUGGGCACCUGGGAGGAAACGAACAUAACUCUCGCCGUACUGGAGGCCUACAUACCGCGCUACUUUGCUCGCGCUACGACAAUCUAUCCGAUGUAUCAGGAGAAGCUUAAGAAUCGCAAUCGCAACAAUCGCAAGCCUCAGGUGGAUGCGGAUGUUAGAGAAAUGGUGCGCCGCAAUUUCACCCACGAAUAUGACUUUUACUACUUUUGCAAGCAGCGUCUCUAUAAGCAGUACCUGGCGCUCAAGCGCACUGAGUGGGAGCGUCUUGAUCUGCACUGAUCCCAAACAUAAUUCAAUUUGCACUGAUUAGUAUUUUUAAGCUGCAUUCCAAAGUUAACACCAAAGCCAAAA